CUUAAAUAUAAUUGAUGCGGGCAAUGUUGAUUUCAAAAAUUUAGUAUGCAGCCGUCUGUCGCUGAGUUCUACAAAGACAAGAGCGUCUUUGUUACUGGUGGGACUGGUUUCCUUGGAAAGGCGUUAAUCGAGAAAUUGCUGAGAGCAUGCCCUGGGAUCAACACUAUAUAUCUCUUGACAAGGCCGAAGAAAGGCUUAAGCGCUGAAGAAAGAUUAAGAGAACUCUGGAAUAACAGGAUUUUUGAACGGUUACGAGAGAAAGAUCCGGAUUCAUUCAAGAAGCUGAGACUGAUAGCUGGAGACAUCUUGGAAAAAGACUUGGGCAUCUCAAACGAUGAUCGACAAGAAUUGCAGCGAUGUUGCAACAUCGUGAUCCACAGCGCAGCAUGUGUCAGAUUUGAUCAAAAAUUAAAAGCCGCCGUUGAAAUGAACACAAAAGGUACGCUCCGAGUUCUGGAAUUAGCUGAAACGAUGAAAAACAUCGAGGCAUUCCUGCAUUUGUCUACGGCAUAUUGUCGCUGCUAUAUAGACGUUUUAGAAGAAAAGAUGUAUCCACCUGUUCACGACCCCGAGAAGAUAAUACACUUAGUCAAUUGGCUGGACGACGAAACGCUUGAUUACUUGGAGCCAAAAAUAAUAUCAUCCGAACCCAAUACCUACUCAUAUACCAAAGCAAUAACAGAGAACCUCGUGGCGAAAUACACGUCCAAAUUUCCAGUCUCUAUUGGUCGUUUAUCUAUUGUGAUAGCCGCUUAUAAAGAGCCUAUUCCUGGUUGGAUUGACAAUUUAAACGGACCAACAGGCAUUUUAAUCGGAGGUGGUAAAGGUGUUAUUCGAACAAUGAUUUGCAAUGAAAAUUAUCACGCCGAUCUCUUGCCUGUUGAUAUGGCUGUUAAUGCAUGUAUAUUGCUUGCGUACUUCUGUGGCUUGGAGCAAUCAAAAGAAGUUACAGUCUGCAACGUAACGCAGUCUAGACGAAAUCCCUUAACUUGGAAAGAAUCAUUGGAAGCUGGUCGUAAACAGAUCCAUGAUAAUCCAUUCUCUUUAUGCCUCUGGUACCCAGGCGGUUCGAUAAAGAAGUUCAAAUUACAUCAUCAGAUCCAUGCUUUCUUUGCUCACGUCAUACCAGCUUAUUUGGUCGAUUUAUUGAUGAUUUUGUUGGGGAAAAAAACUUUCAUGGUGAAAUUACAGAAACGAAUUGCCGAUGGUCUCGAAGUCUUUCACCAUUAUACCUUCAAAGAAUGGUGCUUCAAAAAUGAAUAUUUCAGAUCUCUAUCAAAGCGGAUUUCUAAAGAAGACAAUGAAAUAUUUUAUACGGAUACUUUGCUUUUCAACUGGGAUGACUACAUAAAGAACUACAUACUUGGUGCAAGAGAAUUCUGCUGCAACGAGGAUCCUUCUACAUUGCCAUAUGCUAGGAAGCUUAACCGAAAAUUAUACUACUUGGAUUUGGCUGUCAAAGUAACAGUUAUAUUGCUUAUUGUAUAUUUAUUUUAUUUUUGUUGUAGAUUAUUUAAUGUUACGAUUCUUGAACGUUGA